UGCAUGCAUAAAUAUUUUAAAUGAAAGCAACUUAGAAAAAAAAGAAUUGAAACGUGUCAACUAAAAAAGAAUAAAUAACAUAUUGUAUGAUCUUAAUAACUUACAUUUAUAAAGAAAUGGGUGGUUGGUAGCACAUAGUCCAUAAUAUAGUACUCAUAUACUAGUAUAUAACAAUGUCGAUAUUUCACAAUUGACUUGUAUACAACACAAAUAUCGAUUGGGAUUUGGGAAUACUAGUAUUUGUAGAUUUGUUUUAAGAGCAAGAAAUGAUAGGUUAGUGGAGUAGACAUCACCUCUGAUUCUAGGGAUCCCAACGAUUUGGAUUAAUCUGUGAAGGAUUCACUUUAUUACCUAAAUAUAAAUUAUUCCCCAUCAAAAAAAAAAAAAAAAAAAACGAAUAGAAAAAUAAGGUACUAAAAAGGUAAAGAAAGGGAACAAUCAAAAGAUUAUUGAAAGAAUACAAAUAAAGACUACUCUCAAGUGGAAGUUAUCAUAACACAAAGUAAGUCAUUGCACUUGUAAGUUGUAACCCAGAAAUUGAAGAGGAUUGAGAGAGAAAUGAUGGGGGGAUGGUGGGCGGCUAUGGGGCUGAUCAUCACACCGCUGCUGCUGCUGCUGCUGCUGCUGCGAUGGUCGAAAUUAAAGGAAAAGAAGAUGAAAUACAAAAACAUGGAAGAUAUCAGGAGUAGGGUUCCUAAUGGAUGUUCAGGUUGGCCUUUUAUUGGCGAAACUCUUGAAUUCAUCGCUUCUUCUUACACCUCCAAGCCUGUUUCUUUCAUGCUCAAACGCAAAUCCUUGUACGGAAAGGUUUUCAGAACACAUCUAUUAGGGAAACCGGUAAUAGUGUCGACUGAUCCAGAAAUAAACAAAGUGGUGUUACAAAACCAUGGGAACAUAUUCAUUCCAUCUUAUCCAAAAUCCAUAACUGAACUAUUUGGUGAAUCCUCUAUAUUGAGAAUGAAUGGAGCCCUCCAUAAGAGAGUACACGCGUCGAUCGGAAGAUUUUUGAAGUCCCCGGAAUUGAAAGUCCAAAUUACAAGAGACAUUGAGAAUUCUGUUAAGAUGUCCCUGGAGAAAUGGAAACAUAGUAGCCUAGUUUACAUCCAAGAUCAAACUAAUCAGCUUACGUUUGAGAUAUUGGUGAAAGUACUAAUGAGCCUGGGUCCUGGUGAAGAAAUGGAAUUGUUCAAGAAAGAGUAUAAAGAGUUCAUCAAAGGCUUGAUUUGUUUGCCAAUCAAGCUCCCUGGCACACAACUUUACAAAUCUUUAAAGGCCAAAGAGAGGUUGCAAAGAAUGAUAAGAAAGAUAAUUAUAGAGAGGUUAAGCAAUAAAACUCAUGACACCGACAACUUAAGUGCAACCAUCUAUGGGAGUGACGCUAUUGACGUAUUGUUACGUGACAUCAAUGACCGAAGUGAAGCCGAUAAAUGUCAACCAUUGGAUUUUAUCGCCGGAAACAUAAUCGAAAUGAUGGUCCCCGGAGAGGACUCGGUGCCAAUGGUGAUGACCCUAGCCGUCAAAUACCUCAGUGACAACCCCGUUGCUUUGAAACAACUUGUGGAUGAGAACAUGGAAUUGAAGGGGCAGAAGGCUAAUUCAGGGAACUCCUAUGCAUGGACUGACUACAUGUCUUUGACGUUCACCCAAAAUGUAAUUAGUGAAACUCUAAGAAUGGCAAAUAUCAUAAAUGCAAUUUGGAGACAAGCCACUGAAGAUGUAGAAAUUAAAGGUUAUUUGAUACCAAAAGGAUGGUGUGUACUAGCAUCCUUAACAUCAAUUCAUAUGGAUGAACAAAAUUAUGAGAAUCCAUAUGAUUUUGAUCCGUGGAGAUGGGAGAAGAAAGGAAUUGUUGCAAGUAGCAAUACAUUUUCUCCGUUUGGUGGUGGUCAGAGAUUAUGCCCUGGUCUUGAAUUUUCAAGGCUAGAAAUCUCUAUAUUUCUUCAUCAUCUUGUUAUUACUUAUAGAUGGGUAGCAGAGAAAGACGAAAUAGUAUACUUUCCAACUGUGAAGAUGAAGCAAAAACUUCCCAUCUCAGUUACAAAUCAUGGAUAUGAUGAUGAAAGUUAAGAGUCCUCUUUGAUGAUUAAUUUAUUUAUGGAGUAAAUGAUUACAAGUAGAUGCAUGAGCCCACCAAAGCUAGCUAGCUAGGCAAAAGGAAGUCAGCAAGAUAAUAUAGAUAACCUGAUUUUUGGGCCCUUUUACAAACCACAAUGUUUUUUUGUUUUUUUUUUUUUAACUUUAUGUGGGGAUUGUGUAAACUCUAUGAAGUGUAAAGUGUGAACUCUCUCGAAUUAUCAUCCGUUAUCAAAAUUCAACACAGCAAACCUAUCUAUGCUUGUAAAUUAGUUCAUAUAAUUCCAAGCUUUUUUGUAUAAUGUAUUUGAGAAUGAUCCUUUGAUCUUUACACGUGCAUAUGAAUAUGCAUCUUCAAUUGAAAA